ACCACGGUCUUACAUACAGGUCCUUCAACUCAUAUGGUGGGGGUAGGUCGAAUUUUUAAGCCAAAAAUCGUUCGUUUCUUGGCCACGAGAGUCGCUGCGAUACUUUGGUAAAAGAGCUAUAUAUUAUACCUUCGGAAUACAUUGUAUUCCGAAGGUUAUAUUUGACGAGCCGUCAUGGCCGUGUCGGCUAGCCGAUAACCUAAGAAUGCCCACGCCGUGCGUCGUACCAAAUUGCAAUAAUGUGUUUCGUGAAAACCGCUCAGUAUUUCGAGUGCCAAGAAAUGCCGUUCAAUAUAAACAAUGGGUGGCAGCUAUUCCAGGCAUUGUUACACUAAAGCCGACACACGUUGUUUGCGACAAGCACUUUAAUGAGGAAGAUAUAAUCCGUGAAUGGAUUAAACGAGACUCGAAUGGUCGAAUCAUCGCUCAGGAACCAUACAAGCGCCCUCAACUCAGAAAGCUUGCUGUUCCAUCAAAGUUUCAUGACCUUUCAACAACAAAGGACACGAUUCGAACAAGGCAAUGGAAAAUUUCUGGCGAGUCCGUUGGCGUCGUGAGCGAUUCGGUUCAGCUUGGAUCUUCGAUCAAGGAGUCCUCUACUGAAACAAGUACCAGUUGCAGUUUUGUGUUGCCAAUUGUGGAUGGCGUCGAAUUGGCUUUACCGAUGGAUGCUGAUCCUUUGGUAACAACACCGGUAGCACACGCGGAUACUGAUCCUCCGGUGAUAGCACCGGUAGCACUUGUGGAUACUGAUCCUCCGGUGACAGCACCGAUAGCACUUGUGGAUACUGAUCCUUCAGUAACAGCACCGAUAGCACUCAAGGAACUAAUCACCAUAUGUUCAUCCGUUAUCACAAGGAAAUAUAUAAAGAGCGAAAGUGAUCGUAUUUAUCAAGAAAUAUCUAACAAAUUACCUGAAUAUUGGAGCGUUAGCAAAAUACCUGCUACAAAUGGGCAAAGUAUUCUAUUUACUUAUGCAAUAACGCGAGUCGAAAAUGGAAAGCGUUUACCGGUAAUACAAAAAUGCGUUACUCUCGAUUCGGACAGAAAACUUCAAUUUUACGUUUACGGACGAGAUGUUAACGUGCAAAAAGCAAAUCUCGACGAAGCUUUGGAAGGAAUUGAAACGCUUCUAAACGUCUUGGACAAGUUUAAGGGAAUGAAUGUUUGCCAUGGCUUGGGCGAAAUUAAUAUCAAUAAUAUUGCAGCUGGUGCCGUAUUUCAAGACACCAUUCAACAGUGGCGCAGCAAAGACUGCAGUCUUAUUUUCAAAAACCGAAGAUGCGAUAGUUGUACAAAAAUGAGGAAGCGCAUACAGCAGACAACACGGCGGAAAAUUCAUUUGACGUUAAAUCACGUUUCUGAUGCUUCGGAGCAUAUAAAUCGUCGUAAGCUGAUAGCGUUGCGAUUGAAAUACCGACGUCAAAAAUGUAAAAUAAUUCGAGCUAAAAAACGCGAGAAAUAUCUGACGAGUUAUCUUAAACAACAAGAAGAACAAAUAGCUAAUAUGCAACAAGCAAGUUUGACUGAAAAAUGUUCUGCACUUAAUAUCUCAGCGGCUCAACAAUUGGCACUGAAAGAAAUCAUUGACGCAGCAACCAAGAAAGGCGUCAGGGGCCGACGUUACAGGGACAACUGGAUGAUGUUGUACAUGUUGAUGAAGGAUGCGACAGAAUGCUCACCAAGAGAAUUUAAAAAUGAAAAAAAAAUGUUAAAAAAAUUAGUAAGAAUAUUCUUAAAAGUCGCCAGUUGCGGUCAAUAAAAAUUAUUGUUAAAAAAAUUGUCGAAGUUGACGAAUCAAUAAAGUAUUUGUAACAAAAAGUUAAAUAAAA